ACGAUUCUGCAUCUCCCUCCAUCAACACCAAUGCAACCAAGCAUUUUAUCCCGUCCCUUUUCCGUGAAUUUACCUACGCGCUUCAUCAACAUGGCACCCAAAGUCGCAGUCCUCGACGACUACCAAAACAUCAGCCCGCGCCACUUCGAGCACCUCACCUCCCGCGUCGAGUUCAGCUACUUCCCCGACACGCUGAACCCCCGCCUCGCCGACCAGCAGCAGCGACUCAUCGAGCGCCUCCGACCGUUCGAAAUCAUCGUCUCCCAGCGCGAACGCACCCCCUUCUCCAAGGACACGCUCUCCGCGCUCCCGAACCUGAAACUGCUCCUCACGACCGGCACGCGCAACCUCGCGAUCGACAGCCAGUACUGCGGCGAGCGGGGGAUCCCCGUCGGCGGCACGCAGACCCGGCCCGCGGGGCUGAACUCCACCGUGCAGCACACCUGGGCGCUGAUCCUGAACGCGGCGCGCCACGUCGCGCGCGACGAUGCGGCGAUCAAGCGCGGCGAGUGGCAGGGGUCGCUGGGGAUGACGCUGGCGGGGAAGACAUUGGGACUGCUGGGGUUGGGGAAAUUGGGGGCUCAGGUGGGGAGGAUCGCGGUGCAGGGGUUUGGGCUCGAGGUGAUUGCGUGGUCGACGAACCUGACGCAGGAGAAGGCGGACGAGCAGGCCAAGGCGAUGGGCUUACCGGCGGGGAGCUUUCGGGCGGUGUCCGACAAGCUGGCCUUCUUCCGGGCGGCCGACGUGGUGAGCGUGCAUAGCGUGCUGUCGGAGCGUAGUCGGGGCAUUGUGGGUCGGGAGGAGCUGGCGGCGAUGAAGCAGACGGCGCUGCUGGUCAACACGUCCCGAGGUCCGUUGGUGGACGAGGCGGCGUUGCUGGAGACGCUGAACAGCGGCGCGAUCGCGGGCGCCGCGCUGGACGUCUUCGAGCCCGAACCGCUGCCGGCGGACAGUCCCUGGCGCACCACGGCUUGGGGCACCGAUGGCCGCAGUGAGGUCCUGCUGACGCCGCACACGGGCUACGCGGAUGAGCAGAUCCACGGCUGGUACCAGGAGGUCGCGGACAAUCUGGAGCGGUGGUUGAAUGGCCAGGAAAUGACCGUCCGGCUGAACUAGUUUUCCAUUCUAUCUAUCGCAAACAGCCUAAGAGGUUCUUAGACAUCUGAUGAUGACGCCGUCUCCAGCCUGUCUUCAAAAAUU